AAGUGUCAAAACAAAAAAAAAUCAUAUCGAUAAAACGAAAAUCAGUUUUUAACAUCGUAUUUUGUGAUUAAUAUUAAUGAUAAGAAGUAAUAUCCGGAAAAUUUAUUUGGAACUUCACCCUACAACGUCGGGCUUUUUAUUAGUAAAGUUCACGAAUAAAAAUUAGUCAAAUGAGGAUGACAUCUUCGUCGAAAAUUAUGCUGAUAGCCUGCGGCUCGUUCAGUCCUCCAACUCCGAUGCAUUUUCGGAUGUUUGAGAUUGCCCGGGAUCAUUUCAAUCAAAUCGGUAUUGGUCAUGUCGUUGGCGGCGUUGUGUCACCCGUGCAUGAUUCCUACGGGAAGAAGGGGCUCGUUUCGGCUACUCAUCGCUGCACUAUGAUCAAAAUUGCCUUGCAAUCGUCCGAUUGGAUUCGCCUGUCCGAGUGGGAAACACAGCAGGAAGAAUGGACAAGGACACGACUAACGCUGCAGUACCAUCAGAACUUUAUUAAUUCGUACUUGAAAGAUUCAAAUAACAUCAACGAGCAGCAGAUACCUGCCUGGAUUCCAACAGGGUUGAAGAAAACUAGCAGUCAUGUUCAACUUAAACUGUUGUGCGGAGCAGAUUUGCUAGAAUCGUUUGCUACACCUGGUUUGUGGAAGGACGAAGACAUCGAAGCUAUUGUAGGUCAACACGGAAUUGUGGUUGUAUCACGAGCUGGUUCAAAUCCGGAGCAGUUUAUUUUUAACUCCGAUAUACUCAGUAGAUACAGGAAAAACAUUACCAUUGUGACGAACUGGGUAACGAAUGAUGUGAGUUCAACGCUUGUUCGACGUUUGUUAAGCCGUGGUAUGUCCAUCAAGUACUUACUGGAUGAUUACGUAAUGGAAUAUAUCAAACAACAAGGGCUGUAUGGUUCCACUGAAAGUAAGUACAUUUUGUCCGCUAACACUGGAGGAGAAAAGAUGAGCAUUUCGCCUGUCUCUCCGGUCAACGAUAACGAUAUUUACAUCGAACGUCAAAACGAGCUAAACACGCUGGAGUCGAUGGAUGAAACCGAUUUUCCUCGAGCCACUCUCAAUCGAGUGUUUUGUUGUGGAACAGAAAACAAUGCAAAAAACGCUCCAUCUAAUAAAAAUGUGCGUGGAUUCCUAUCACACCCUGGGGGCGCGGUACGUGCAGUUCAGACAAUGAUAUCGGCAACAGAUUCAACAAUAACAUCAGAUUCUGGGAUCAAUAGUGUCCCUCAUCACACAGUAGACGAUAAGGUGGGUGACAAAGGCAGAACAAUUCAAACAGAACCAAACAUCACAGUAAGUAACAGCAAUGCACUCACUACACCAAGCAAAUCCAAAACAUGUAAAAGCACCGGCAAUAACACAAAAUCAAAAGGCCACGUCAACGCUGGUCUAAAGCUAGGCGUCACCGAGUUGAGUACCAUAACCAGCGCGACAGAGGAUCCACCAGCUGUGCCAACCAGCUGCGUGGACACCAUGCAUAUGGCCAACGAUGAGUGUCCCUCAACUUCGGCUGGGCGCAUCAGUCCCUCGAAAAGUUACGAUGAUAUGAUUAAGUUCGUGUUCACAGAGCACGGCAUUAAGGUCAUCAGCGAUCGUGAAUAUGUAGUUUGAAUUGCAGAUGGUCAGCUGACUUCAGUCAUCUCCAAGAAGCUGAAAUUAUCGGCCGUGCCAGUUUAAGUGGAUCCUAUCUUAAACGCAGUUGAAACAAUAGCAACGAUAUUAUCAAGAAGUUAGUGAGCCAAGCAGGACUACUACUAGACAAAUUGUGAGGCGUAUCUAUACAAUGAUUAACCCGAAUUCUUAAAAUUGUUCCAAUGGACGACUCGGAGGCGAAAUAUUCAAUUCGGUGAAAUAAGUUUUACAAAUAAACAACAUAAUAUUGACGCUCACGCUCAACAACUCAAAUAUUUUAAAACAAGUGAUACAUUACGUAUGCAGAAUUGUUCAGUACCACAAGCAUUCAUUGUAGAUUGCACCAUUUAUCCUGCUAAAGAGGACAAUGAAUAAAAAAUUUGUGCAAAGAAAGUGAGAGAUACCAAUAGGGAUGGUGUGGAUAGCGGUUUGAGAAAGAAUAAAAUUCAUGAAUUUGUUAGUAACUGUGAUAAA